CUUCGUCAUGAUAGUUCUGCGCAUGCGCAGUGUACUUCCGCUCCUUCUUUCCACUCCCACUUCCCUUCCCACUUCAGGGGAUAAAUGCUAUCGCAUGCCCCGAAAUAAACGUCUUCUAUGUUCGAGCGGUCUGUGCCUCGUAACUGUUCGGGCCGCGUGCCGUGGCUAUGCUACAGUGGCGACGAGCCAGGAUACCCCCCAUUCGGUGAAAGAAGACCCGGAAUCGGCAACCGCGAAGGAAGCCUCGCCGACGACAAGCAUGGCUCAUCAUAUGCUCCCUGCAUUCAACGAAGAUACAGAUAAGUGGAAGCCGUAUCUCAUUAAGGCAGAUGCCUACUUUGAAGCUAACGGAAUCACCGAUUCAGCCAAAAAGAGAGCACUUCUCGUGGCAGCAUUGAGCACGCAAACCGUGCAAGUAUUACCCGGCAGGGUCGCACCGCGAGCCCCAAACGCGUUGAGCUUCGAGCAAGUUGUCGAGGUGCUAAACGAGUACUAUGAUCCGAAGCGACAUGAAACAACGGAAAGUUUCAAGUUUUUUAACCGCUGCCAGAUGGAAGGAGAAUCUGUCACGCAGUUUCUGGUGGAAAUACGCCGCAUAGCCGAUAACUGCAAUUUUGGCAACGCCUUGGAGCGGAUGCUCAGGGAUCGUAUUGUAUGCGGUGUGCGGUCAAAGGCCCUACAGAAGCAAUUACUGGCAAAGGCCGACCUCACGUUAGCGGAGGCUGAAGCGCUCGCAAUUUCAGCUGAAACUGCCGAGAAUGAUGCUAUGAAAAUGUCAUCCGAGCCAAAGGUUUUAUUGAAAAUGCAGGCGGCUCGAAAAACGCCGUCCGGGGAAAACAGAAACGCUGAAGAACAUCUAGAAUGCGGAAGGUGCGGCAGCUCAAAACACGAUGAUGUCAGUUGCGGAUGGGCAAAUGCACGUUGCUAUCGCUGUGGGCGGCGGGGGCACCUUGCUAAGAAAUGUCAAAGUCAUCCUAACCGCGGAAGGUUAGCUACCAGAGCGAUGCACGCAAAUACACUGGCUACAACGGACACAACGCCAAGGGACGAGAGCAGUGAUGAAGUCCACCUUUGGAAAUUGGUUUCGGAACGUAAAAAUUUUAUUGAGCCGCCAAUCCGCCGCUCAUUUACAUGGGGCGGCGUUCAAGUAGCCAUGGAAGUCGACACCGGGUCACCAGUAUGCGUCAUUUCUCGGGAGCUGUACAUGAAGCAUCGAAACUAUUUGCCUGCCCUGAAGCCAUCACGUGUGAAGUUGUCUUGCUACGCAGGGCGGUUACCGGUGCUGGGCGACCUGACAUUACGUGUGGGCUUCAAAGACGUGCUCGUGGACUGUCCCCUCACAGUGCUCGACUGCGAAGGGCCAAGCCUUUGCGGAAGGGACCUGCUUACGCUGCUGGACAAAGCUGGUGCACCGGUGCUACAUGUAACACCGGCCUGCGGAGCCACAGAAACGAGCGAAAUGGACACCUGCAAGGUUAAGGCCAUUUUCACAGACUACCAGGUCAUCUUUACCACGGAACUCGGUCUAAUGAAGGGUCCUCCAGCAAGCCUGCACCUCAAAGAUGGAGCAAUUCCAAAGUUUUGUAAGGCGAGACCUCUUCCUUAUGCUUUACGCGACAAGGUAGCUUUGGAGCUGGACCGACUCGUUUCCCUUGGCAUCUUAUCGCCAGUCAGCCAUUCGGAUUGGGCAACGCCCAUAGUUCCGGUGUUAAAGAAAGAUGGCUCGGUGCGGAUUUGUGGUGACUUUAAAGUUACAUUGAAUCCGGUUUGCGCACUCGAACAGUAUCCUAUUCCUGUAAUCGAGGAUAUGUUCGCAGCUUUAAGUGGCGGUGAAUGUUUCAGCACCCUCGACUUGCGCGACGCUUACAGUCAGGUGCCUCUAGACGAAGCCGCACGCAAACUUUGCGUAAUAAAUACGCACAAAGGCUUAUUUUGCAAUAACCGGCUUCCGUUCGGAAUAUCGUCAGCACCGUCGAUCUUCCAGAGAAAAAUCGACACGAUUAUCAGUGGCUUACCCGGAGUUCAAGCCUAUCUUGAUGAUGUAAUCGUGUCCGAGCAGAAAGGCGAUAAUGGUGAGCGACUGAAAGCCGUCUUAGAGCGUUUUCGGGAUCAUGGGGUUAAGUUACGCCAUGACAAAUGUAAAUUUCGACAACCGGCAGUUGUAUACCUCGGACAUCGCAUUGACGGCGAGGGCCUUCAUCCACUAGAAAACAACGUGGAAGCUAUCAUGCGCACACCUUAUCCACGGAACGUGACCGAACUACGGGCAUUUAUCGGAAUGUUGACUUUCUACGUGAAAUUUUUGCCAAACAUGUCAACGUACCUAGCACCGCUGUAUCAAUUAUUGGAAAAGAACGCACGGUGGCAAUGGAACGCACCGCAAAAGGCCGCCUUCGAUGCAGCAAAAGAAAGUCUGAAAAAUGCGCCAAUUCUUGUACAUUUCGAUCCUGCAAAGGAACUCAAGCUAGAGUGCGAUGCGUCUUCACUGGGUGUCGGAGCGGUUCUGUUUCACUCGAUCAAUAACGUAAAUAGACCGAUAGGUUUUCGCUCAAGAACACUGACCCUAGCAGAGCGCAACUACUCCCAGUUAGAACGUGAAGCGUUGGCUUUGGUUUUCGGUGUAACGAAAUUCCGGGACUAUCUUCUAGGUCGUGAAUUUACGUUGGUUACGGAUCAUCAACCACUCGUCAGCCUGCUGAGACCCGACCGCCUGACGCCGACUAUGGCGGCUGCGCGAAUUCAACGCUGGGCGCUGUACCUCGGAGGCUACAAAUACAAGCUUCAGUAUGUUCCUGGGAAACAACUACUGAACUCGGAUGCCCUCAGCAGACUACCACAGCAGACUACCACAGCAGACCACCGGAGACGCAGUUGAAGGUCCAACUGAGGAGAGCCACGACUGGACACUGCCGCCAGACAGCAGCGUGUACGUCCGCAAUUACGGACAGGGAGAGAACUGGAUACCUGGUCGUGUCAAAUCGGCGACCGGAGCACGAAUGGUAACCGUAGAGACUCCCACUGCCAUUGUCAAGCGCCACGUCGAUCAGGUGCGCCGCCGCUCGGAUUCAUCACCAAGGUUUCCGGAUACGACUGCUCGUGGUCCAGGGUCCAACCAGACGCCAGGUCCCAGCACGGCCACCAAUGCAACCACUUCCUUGGAAGCGGCCGCCCCAGUUAAUUCUCCAGAUGCAGGCCAAAUUGCGGAUGACAGCAUUCGACCUCACACCCCUCCUCUCCCAACUAGCUUGAGUCCGGCCGAAGCUUCGCAGCAAGUCCUGCGCCGGUCAACGAGGCAGCGCAAGCCAGUGCAACGGUUCCAUUUUUGAGGAGAGGGCAGUGUUGUGUCUGCGUCAUGAUAGUUCUGCGCAUGCGCAGUGUACUUCCGCUCCUUCUUUCCACUCCCACUUCCCUUCCCACUUCAGGGGAUAAAUGCUAUCGCAUGCCCCGAAAUAAACGUCUUCUAUG